AUGUACGUUUGUUCAGAUUGUCAAUUGAGCAAUCCGUACCAUGGUCUUCCUGAUCACAAUGCCAGUUUUAAAGACGAUUAUAACGAAGAAAAUUCCAUUGAUGUUAACCCUGGUUAUAGUACGUCAAAGAAGUACUCUCGUCAUAAAUCCAAUGAUGAUCGUUUAUUUGAAGAAAUGUUUCUUGAUAAAAGAUUUGCCAUUCGAAAAGAUGUGCGUAUGAAGCUCAAAAGUUUACCUUGGAUGCGGGGAGAGUAUGGAAAAGUCGGUCCAAACGAGAAGAUACCAUAUUUACAUUUGUUUAUCACAGUUGAUUAUGAGAAUGGAGAUUUUGAUGAAGAUGUAUUGAAAAAUGAAAUAAAUAAGAAUUUUGAACAUUAUGCUUUGAGGUAUUUUGAAUUUCGUCCGAAACCAUUAACGAGACCGAAGCUUCAACUGCUAUCAAAUAUUGAAGUAGGAAGUAGCAAUGGGAAAGUUUCAAGAGGCACAUUAACAAUGUUCUGUUGUCACAACGGGAAACAUUACGCGUUGACAUGUUGCCAUGUUUGUUACAACGGAGAUGGUGAUAAAACAUUAUAUGAAAUGCUAAAUCAGAACAGAAAUGACCCAAAUAAUUUCAGAUUACAUUUAAUUUCAAAUCAAUACCACUACACAUCGCCUCCAAGUCCAUUAGGGCAUUUCAACAGCUAUAAUUUAGAAAAGAAUACGGACAUUUUGUCAAUAGAAGUCCAUGGAUAUGUUGUCAAAACAGUGGAUUGUAGACGAAAAGGAAUACAAAACCCAACUUGGAAUAGUGUAUGGGAGGAGCUGCACGAACGAGUUAACAUCGCACGUGAGCUAGUUGAAGUGAAAAAAUAUGACAAUAGGCGUUUGAAAGGAGAAAUUGUUAAUGAUUCUUAUUCCUGUCAUGAUCCUGAAAACAAGAUUGAUAUUGAUGAUGCUGUUUUGGUGCAGUGCAAUGAAACUUUCCUUGAAAGGGGUGAGUCAGGUGUGCUGGUAUUUUUCCAUGAUGAAGAUGGUAGAAGAAUUCCUUUUUGUUAUGGUGUUGGUGCGUAUUAUUACGAAAAGAUCUGCGACCCUGAGUAUGAGUACGCCUUAUGCUUCAAACUAGAUAUUGCUUUGGAAAAUUUAUUUGGUGAAGAGAACUGUGGCUGUUUCCAUGAAUGUGCGAAUGAUGUUUGAUUGUAGCUAAAACAUCUUCUAAUUUUUAAUUAUAUUUCAUUUAAUUAUAUAGCUAUCUAUAGCAUAUUACAUAGUAGACUGCAAUUCAUAUUAAAAGCAGUAAUAGAUAUCUCCUGAGUGAUUGAAAUCUAAAAUAAAUCAUUGAGUACUUGUUCAUACUGUUAAAGAAUAAAAACAAAAAAGCAAA